CUGUGAGGUUGAAUAAAUCUUUCCCUUUUAUCAUCUAGAACUCAAACCGAGCACAUCUUUUCUAAAAAAUCCGGACUUCUUCGUAUUAAUUGGCGACGAGGAAAAAAGAGUUUUCUCAGUUUUCCUCGGUGGAAAUCGGUGUAGGCAAGCGCAUCGGUUGGAGGAAAAUUUGGGAGAAGUUUUUCUUUGGUUACCGGGGAAAUCGGUGAUAACUGAUUGGCCCGUGAAGCAGCGGAAUUUUUGUUUCGUGUGAAAAAGGCAGUCGGUGAUAAUCGAUUGUCCCGGAAGACUACAGAUUUGGUCCGUGUGAAAAGACAGUCGGUGAUAAUCGAUUUGUCCAGAAAAUACAGAAUUGUCCGUGUGAACACGUCGGUAAGCAGCAAGUUGACGAAGGAAAGAACAAAAGGAAUCGCACGAGGGGCAGACAAAAGAGAAGCCAUUUUGUUUUCUUUCCCUGACGCGGAGCGUGGAAAAAGUGGUUUUUUUGGAGUUUUCUGUAGACGGUUAAGCAAAAAAAAAAAAAAAAAGUGCAGUGUUCGUGGUGUAGAACCUCUUUUUUAUUAUUGAAACUAUAACAUAAUUAAUUUUUAACGACUGCCUGUUUACGGCAGGUCUAACAUCUUUGUUUCAAGAGUAAUAAGAGUGUAAUCUUUUGUUUAAACAGGGUCGAUCCGAGGAGCCGGACAUUUUGGUGUUUUCUGGCCGGGGCGGUGUGUUCUGCCUUUUGUGACGUGUCGGGAAUCAUCAACGAGGCGGUGGAUUGUCCUUCCGGUGAUUUCGGAACAGAACCAAGUGAUUUCGACGUUGUCGGAAGCUGAUAGGUGACCGGCUGGUGAUUUCUGUCGCUACGGGUGAGCGGGGAACGAGCCACGUGUUGCGGUGCCUGGAAGCGCUGAUUUUUUGAGGUUAAGUUGCCGCUGUGUGGUUUGUUGAAAUGAGCCAAGGAGGAAUGGUUUCAUCCAUCGAGCCGUUCCGCAAGGGUUCUUCGUUUUCGGACUGGAUUUGCCGUCUGAAAUAUACAUUCGACGAUCUAGCGAAACCUGGAACCAGUUCAGAGAAGCAGCUCACGGACAUGAUGGGUCGAUUGACAACAGCUGGCGACAUGGCUGGAAGUGACAGCGAUGAUAGUUACUCCGAAUGGAACUCAGGUGAAUUGCAGUGUAUGUGUGUGGAGUCCAUUAAUAAGAUUAGUGAGCCAUGUUUGAUGAAUGUCAAACUUGAUGAUAUUUUGGUGUCGAUGGAAGUAGAUUGUGGUUCUACGGUUACUGUGAUGGGCAAGAGCCAAUAUUUUACUCUUUUUGACAAACCUUUGAAACAAUGUGAUAAGCAACUUUUGGUGGUGAACGGAAACAAGCUGGAAAUUGAGGGAGAAACAGAUGUGUUAGUUGAGCUCAAUGGUUCUAGACAUGUUUUGAAGCUUCUUAUUUUGAAUUCAAACUUUAAAUUUAUUCCACUUUUUGGCAGGAACUGGAUGGAUAUUUUCUUCUCUCAAUGGAGGCAAUUUUUUUCUAGCAAUUUGAUUGUUGAUGAACAAGUCAAUAGUUUAACUACACCAAAACGUGAAGAAUUGAUUGAGGAAAUUAAAAAUGAUUAUGGUGAGGUUUUCAUUAAGGAUUUUUCUACUCCUAUUAAAGGUUUUGAAGCUGAAUUGGUUUUGAGGAGUGAUGUGCCCAUUUUUAAAAAGGCUUAUGACGUACCUUACAGGUUAAGGGAGAAAGUUUUAAUUUAUUUAGAUCGAUUGGAGAAACAAAAUGUGAUAACUCCGGUAAAGUCGAGUGACUGGGCGUCUCCUGUUAUUGUUGUAAUGAAAAAAGAUAAUCAGAUUAGAUUGGUGAUUGACUGCAGGGUCUCAAUCAACAAGGUGUUGGUUCCAAAUUCCUAUCCUUUGCCGGUUGCAUGUGAUUUAUUUGCUAAAUUGGCAAAUUGCAAGGUUUUUUGUUGUUUGGAUUUGGAGGGAGCUUAUACUCAACUUGCUUUAUCGGAGAGGUCCAGAAAAUUUAUGGUUAUUAAUACUAUUAAAGGUUUGUUUACAUAUAACCGUUUACCACAGGGGGCUUCUCCUAGUGCGUCAAUUUUUCAAUUUGUCAUGGACCAAAUAUUGGGUGGCAUUGAAAAUGUUUUCUGUUACUUGGAUGAUGUGUUAAUAGCAGGAGAGAAUGUUGAUGAUUGUCGUCAGAAGCUGUUAAUUGUUUUGGAAAGACUUGCGAAGGCAAACAUUAAAGUAAAUUGGGAAAAGUGCAAAUUUUUUGUGCCUGAAUUAAAUUAUUUGGGACAUAUUAUUGGGGAGAAAGGUUUAAUGACCAGCCCUGACAAAAUUUCAACUAUACAAAAAGCUAAAGUGCCUACAAAUGUACAUGAACUAAAGUCUUAUUUGGGAUUGAUUAAUUAUUAUAACAGAUUUGUGCCUAAUUUGUCUUCAAAGUUGUAUCAUCUCUACAAUUUGUUGAGGAAAAAUGUUAAAUUUGUCUGGAGUCAUGAUUGUGACACGGCAUUUCAAGAAAGUAAACAAUCUUUGAUUAAAGCCAAUAUUUUGGAGUUUUAUGAUCCCCAUAAAGAAAUUGUUGUGGUGUCUGACGCCUCGGGCUAUGGUCUGGGAGGAGUAAUUGCUCAUGUAAUUGACGAGGUUGAAAAACCAAUUAGUUUUACCUCUUUUAGUUUAGAUGACGCACAAAAAAAGUAUCCAAUUCUGCAUUUGGAAGCUUUGGCAUUAGUUUGUACUAUUAAGAAAUUUCAUAAAUAUUUAUUUGGACAAGAGUUUAUUGCUUACACUGAUCACAAACCCUUGCUGGGGAUUUUCGGCAAGGAGGGCAAAAACUCAAUAUUUGUAACGAGACUUCAACGCUAUAUUUUGGAGCUGUCCAUUUACAAGUUUGAGCUCAGAUACAGGCCUUCUGCGAAAAUGGGAAAUGCGGAUUUUUGUUCGCGAUUUCCAUUGGAGCAGGCGGUGCCUGCUGAGUUAGAUCAAGAUUUUGUUCGGAGCAUAAAUUUCAGUAACACAUUGCCAAUAGAUUAUGUUAUGGUUGCGAAGGUGACAAAGGACGACGUUUAUUUACAACAAAUUAUUAACUAUCUGCGUGAUGGUUGGCCGCUUAAGUUUGACAAACGCUUAAUGGACGUUUUUGCAAAUCAGAAAGAUUUGGAAGUAGUUGAAGGGUGCGUUUUGUACCAGGACAGGGUGGUAAUACCACGUUUAAUGCAAAGCGGAAUUUUGACACUUUUGCAUGCCAAUCACGCAGGGAUAGUGAAAAUGAAACAGUUAGCACGAAAACAUGUCUAUUGGUUUGGUAUAAACAAAGAUAUUGAAAGUUUUGUCUCAACUUGUGAUGUAUGCGCUAGCAUGGCAGUGGUGCCAAAACCAAAAAUUUUGUCUCAGUGGACUCCAACAACAAGACCAUUUAGUAGGAUACAUAUUGAUUUUUUCCAUUUUUCUCAUAGCAAUUUUCUUUUGAUUGUGGAUUCAAACACAAAGUGGUUAGAGAUUGAGUGGAUGAAGAAAGGUACGGAUUGUGCCAAAGUAUUGCAGAAAUUGGUUGCAUAUUUUGCAAGAUUUGGGUUACCAGAUGUUUUGGUAUCGGACGGCGGUCCUCCAUUUAAUUCUCAUGCAUUUGUUUCAUUUCUUGAAAAACAGGGCAUUAAGGUGUUGAAAAGUCCACCAUAUAAUCCAUCUAGUAAUGGCCAAGCUGAAAGGCUGGUGAGAACUGCGAAGGAUGUUUUAAAGAAGUUUUUACUAGAACCUGCAAUGGCUGAGAUUGAUUUGGAGAACCAGAUUAGUUUGUUUUUGAUGAAUUAUAGGAACAAUGUAGUUUCUAGUACCGGGCAACUUCCUGCGGAAAAGGUGUUCAAUUAUAAACCUAAAACUUUGCUUGAUUUACUUAAUCCCAAAAACAAUUAUAAGCAGCAUCUUCUCAAGCAACAAUCCUCGCCUGAUGAAAACCUAGAUGAUUGUCUUAGGGAUGUGGAAGUUUCUAAUGACUUUUUAAAAGAUCUGAUUCCAGGGGAUGUUGUAUGGUACAAAAACCAUAAUGCGCAUAUCCCAAACAAAUGGAUUAGAGCACAUUUUCUAAAACAAUUUUCCAAAAACUUAUUCCAGGUGUCGGUUGGAAGCGCUCGGGUGAUGGCCCACAAGAUGCAGCUUAAACCCCAUCACGAGCGUCAGGAGCGCCCGAAUGUGCACCUGUUUCCGGUGGUGCACGGCGAAUACGAGGGCGAGGAGGAAGCAGUUUGUACGACUGCAGCAGAUAUUAGUUCGGAAGAAGAAUUUCGAGGAUUUCCGGUGAUGGCUGGAGGAAAAAGAAGAAAAAGAAGUGCGCUUACGGCAGAAUUGCCUGAAGAGUAUCCACGAAGAUCAAAAAGGCUCAGAAAGCCGAUUCAUGAUUUGAAUUAUCAAUAUAAUUAGUGAAUUCAGAAGACUAGGAUUUUUUUUAAAUUAAAUAAUCAUUAAAAGUGAUAUCAGAGAAUUAGGAAAAAAAAAACAAAUUCGUUCAGAUAAAUUAACUAAAUUGAAUUGUAUUCAUUAGAAAUCUUUCUUGCUAAAAGAGGGAGGAGUUGUUAUGUACACCCCUCGUUCGUUGUACUAAAUUAGAACGCAAAUGUCAAACGUAGAGCGUAACGUUCUGAAACGACUUCGCUGUGAGGUUGAAUAAAUCUUUCCCUUUUAUCAUCUAGAACUCAAACCGAGCACAUCUUUUCUAAAAAAUCCGGACU